AUGGGUCUCUUUUCCACCAGCACCUCGGCCGCCCUCCCACCCCCCAAGAUCUCCUCAGACGGUGCGCCCAUCGCCCCCGACCGCACGCAGCGCGCUCACUGCUGGGAGGCGCGUGACGCCUACUUUGCCUGUCUGGAGCGCAACGACAUUGUGGACAGCAUCGGGGAGAGCGCGCGAGCGGCCAAGGCGUGCAAGCGGGAAGGGGAGGCGUUCGAGGGGAAUUGUGCUAGUAGUUGGGUGACUUAUUUCAAGAAGCGCCGGGUGAUGGAGUACCAGCGCACCAAGACGCUCGAGAAGCUCAAGGCCGAGGGCGCGCAGAAGAUGCCCGGGGAGAUUGGACCGCCCGGUCCGAACGCGAGAGCAGAGCAGAGUGGUGCAGCAGCAGUUGCCCGGAUGACCGGAAAGUCCAAACAAGGAGAAGUGUACUACUACGUUGUAUAUCUAUCGACUAGCGUAUACAUACGUACACGCGUAUUUGAAGAGGAAGAGGAAGAGGAAGAGGAAGAGGAAGAGGAAGAGGAAGAGGAAGAGGAAGAGAAAGAGGAAGAGAAAGAGAAAGAGAAAGGAAGAGAAAGAGAAAGAGAAAGAGAAAGGAGAAACCCACCCCCCCCCUUCCCCCACGCUAGACCUGUCUGA